AUGAACGACUUAUCUUUCUUCAUCUUGCAGCACCAAAUGCGGACUCUCACGGCGCAGCUGCUUCGCGACACGCUGGAUUUUGCUAAACCACACGCCGAGGAAGGUGUUCUCUUCAGCUGGCGUUGGCACUUCUUCCUCGGGACGCUGCCGCUCCCGGCGGAGGAUGACGUGAAACUUGACGAUUGUCGAGCAGCCUGCGAGCGAUGGAGGCAGCAAUGGCAGGAUGCAGGUCGACGACUCGAUCAGUCCAUUCGUGAGUCACCACGCAAAACUGGAAAAGUCAUAAAAUUCGGCGAAUCGAGUAGUGACAGCGAGGAUGCGUUGCCCUCACCUUCUGCAGUUGCUCCCUUCUCUGCGUUGAGCACGAGUGGGGAUGGGUGCACCGUGAACCCCCUUGCGCCCGCCUCCGAGAGUUCCUACGCGCUGCAGUUUCAGGCAGACAAGGUGCGGCAGACGGUGGCAAAGGACAUGAGCCGCCUCUCUUGGGAUGUCCCUCCCUUUCACGACGUGCGAGCCAAGGAUACAGUAGCGGAUAUUCUGCUCAAGUACAGCCUGGUGGAAAACGAGGACUACAUGCAGGGGUUUCACGAGAUUGUGGCGUUUCUCUACUACGCUUGCUAUCGCGACAAAAUCGUGGGCGAACGUUUUGUGCAAGAGCACGCGGCGUUGCGCUCGGCCGCCUUCUUCGAACUGUUUCAGCUGGUCUACGCCGAUCUGCCGGCUGCGGUGUAUGCCCUCUUUCGACGAAUCAUCAGUGACAAAGACGGCGGCAUGUGUCUCGCCAAGUGGUACUACAGCCAUGCUCAUAUAGAACAGAGUGGGGUGGUAUCAGCGUGCCACCGGGUGCAGAAGGACUUGCUUUUGCGCGUCGAUCCUGCGCUGCAGAACUUGCUGGACAACGUUUACGGGAUUGAAAGUGUCGUGUACCUUGUUCGUUGGCUGCGCCUCCUCUUCUUGCGCGAGUUUCCAUUUGAGCAAGCGUUGCGGAUCUGGACUACACUUUUCUGCGAGCGCUACAUUGUUGUGGAGGAGCAGAAGACUCCAUUCGCAUUGAACAACAGCAUCGCCUUGUACUUUGCCGCGCAGAUGCUCUGCCAUGUGCGCGAUGCCCUGUCCGUUGACGCUGCAGGGGCACUGCAGGUGCUGAUGAAGUACCCUCCCACCCAGGAUGUCGACGACAUGCUGUACGCAGCCGCCAUCAGUAACAGCGAGUCGCCCCUCUCUCGCCACGCCAAGGCGCCGCGGCUUGUGAAUCUAAGAGAUGCGCCCGCGCUACCAGCAGAGGUAACGUUGCGCCAGGGCGAAGUCCUGUCGCGCGUUAUAGGGAGCCUUGAGCAGUACUGGUUCCGCGACCCCAACGCCGCAGCGGAGGAGCAAGAGUUGACGACCGAGAUGUACGCUCAAUCUAUCGCCCAGCUGAAAAAGGUGCGUGACGUUUUGCUUUACGGCAUGGGCAACUAG